CCCCUCCAGUGUUGUGAGCUAACCUCUACUGCAGCCAUGUGGGAGUUCCGAUCCAUGUCUUUCUGGCGGGCAGUUUUUGCCGAGUUCUAUGGCACAAUGUUCUUCAUCUUCUUUGGGCUUGGUUCUGCGUUGCGCUGGACCAGUGGCGCUUACUAUGUGCUUCAUGUGUCCUUCUGCUUUGGGCUGGCAGCUGCUACGUUCAUCCAGUCCAUCGGUCACAUCAGUGGUGGCCAUAUCAACCCGGCUGUCACCUUCGCCUAUUUGGUCAGUUCCCAGAUGUCCCUGUUCCGUGCUUUCUUCUACAUCUGUGCUCAGUGUUUGGGGGCUCUGGCUGGUGCCGCUGUUCUGUAUGGGGUGACACCGGGCAACAUGAGGGGCAACCUGGCUCUCAACACACUGCAGCCUGGUGUUAGCCUCGGCAUGGCCACUACCAUGGAGGUGUUCCUGACUCUGCAGCUGGUGGUGUGUGUCUUUGCUGUAACCGAUGAUCGACGUAAUGGCCGUCUGGGCUCUGCUGCUCUAGCCAUCGGCUUCUCCGUGCUCAUGGGCCAUCUUCUUGGGAUGUACUACACUGGUGCUGGAAUGAACCCUGCCAGGUCCUUUGCGCCUGCUGUUCUUGUCAGGAACUUUGUCAACCACUGGGUGUACUGGGUUGGCCCUUUUAUUGGUGGUGGUCUGGGAGCUCUGCUCUACGACUUCAUGCUGUUCCCACGUUGGCGUGGCCUGGCUGAAAGACUCGCCGUGCUCAAAGGCAGUCAACCUGCCAAAACUGAGGGCCAGCAGGACACGCGGGGCGAGCCCAUCGAGCUCAAAACACAAGCUCUAUAA